AUGAUAGAAGCCUUCCAGAGGGCGGGAAGAAGCCCGCGCGAUGUCGACUUCGUCGAGCUACAUGCCACGGGGACAGCCAAAGGCGAUCCAACGGAAGCAAACUGGGUGGGGGAGGCUUUCCAGCGCGAGAGGGAGCUCCUGGUCGGCAGCGUGAAAGGAAAUAUAGGUCAUACUGAAGUUACAGCGUUCCUUGCUUCGUUGUCCAAGGUCCUUUCAAUAUUCGAGAGGAGAACCAUACCGCCUACAGUUAACAUCAAAACCUUGAAUCCCGCCAUACGAUGGUACACCUUUCGCAUGAGGGUUCCUCUCCUUCCAGAGCCACUGCCCACUCCCUCCGGUCGCAAGCCGUUGAUCUCCAUCGCAGCUUCGGGUAUUGGAGGGUCCAAUGGCCACGUUGUCCUGGAAUCUGCACCGCCCAGACCCAGGCUAUCGCGCUUCCCGAGCAAGGUUGAUUUACCGACCCUCCUCGUUUGUGGAGGGCUUUCUAACAGGACCGCAACCGAAAUCAGUAACGAUUUGCGGGAGAGGGCUGUCAACAAGCAUGCCAAUCUAGCUGGGUUGUCUACUGUCCUUGGCCGUAGAUCGAGACAAAUGACGUGGCGGUCAUUCGCGGUUGUACAUCCUAGUGACCCGCCCCCAUCCUUCUCACCACCUCAACUCGUUCCCCGACAUGCACUCCCUAUCGCGAUGGUGUUUUCUGGUCAAGGUACCCAACACGUAGACAUGGGGCGCCAGCUCUUUGGGACGUUCCCAGCCUUCCGACAAAGCGUUCUUGAGAUGGACGAAGUGUUCCGCCGUAUCACAAACUCGUCGAUCAUCCACGAUCACCAUCUCUUCGCCGGGCAGUCCACCAACCUUCCAGAACCGUGGCCAAUAUCUCUCGUCCUACCAGCAAUAUGUAUCUUCCAGAUCGCGCUAUUCGACUUGCUCGUCAGCCUUGGUGUCAAGCCGAACCUGUUGAUAGGACACUCAGCUGGAGAAACGGCGGUUAUCUAUGCCUCAGGUGCCGCUCCUAAGGCUAUGGCGGUCGAGUUAGCAAUCAUUCGGGGCCAGUGCUUCACCCCGAUUGAGGAGAUGGGAGGAGCUAUGGCUGCUGUCUCGUGCACUCUAGACGACGUUCAAGAGCUUAUAGACCAAUCACGACGAACUGACGAAGUCGUUGACGUGGCCUGUUACAACUCACCCACCGCUGUGGCCAUCGCGGGCCACGAACGAGCCGUCGAUGACGUUGUCAGGGCUGCGGGUGAACUGGGGAUUUUCGCUAGGAAGAUCCGUACAAGAGUACCUAUCCACUCGUCGAUGAUGGAGGCAUGUUGGGAACGGUACCUCGAGGCGCUGGACCAACUCUUCAAGCGAUAUCCCGGAGUUCGCAAACCAUGCAUUCCAACCUAUUCCACGCUGACAGGCAAGCUCGUUGACGCUUACGAAUGCGACUACUUUUGGAGAAGCACGCGAGACCCUGUUCUCUUUGUCGACGCUGUUACCAACCUGACUACAGACCACCCUACUGCUACCUUCCUUGAGAUAGGUUCUCACCCGGUCCUUGGAUCCUACAUCUCCUCGAUGGCACUCGAUUCCCUGGUCCUACCAACAGUUUAUCGCCCCAAACGAGGGGCAUCGACGACGGAGCACGUUGACUUCUUGACAGUGCUUGGUCGUUUGUCUGUAGCGGGCCAUAACUGCGUCGACUUCACUCUGCUAAACAGUUGUGCUUGUUAUGAAGCGCAAGUGGAUCUGCCCAAGUAUCCUUUUGCGAAGAAACGGUGGCCACUCUACCCAGACACGCAAGGCUAUCACAAGCAAAUAUCGCCUAGGAAUGGGCCUCUCAAUCACCAGUACCUCAGGUUCAACAAAGAUACGCACCCCAGCCUUGCGGACCAUAUCAUCAGGGGAGAACCCAUUAUGCCUGCUGCUGGAUUCCUUGAGAUGGCAAUUGAAUUUGGAGCAACGACGCUACUCAAGGUCGAUUUCCGCGGGAUCUUGUCCUUGUCCUCAGAAACACCGGUACCUAUCGCCAUUAAUCUUGAUGGAGCACACUGGACCGUGAAAACCACGGGCACCACAAGUUCAGGACUCGAUAAUGCUGAACGGCUUCAUGCAGAGGGACUACUGUCUUUCGAAACCCCACCUUCUCUUCCCGACGUCGACCUCUCUGAGAUCAGGAAGCGGUGUACCAACCACGUCCACUCCGGAUUCUACUCCUCCCUGUCCUAUUUCUCGUCAUAUGGGCCUCACUUCCAACGCGUCACGAACGUUUACUUUGGUUUCAAGGAAGCCUUGGUUUCGGUUGUGGGCCUGGAUACAAAUCUGGCAGAGGAAGGGGCCUAUUUCCUUCAUCCCGCUGUCCUCGAUGCUUGUCUGCAGGUGACCGCAUACAAGGCCUUUCAUGGAGACUACAAUCCCAGUGCAUACUAUCUUCCUUCGAAGAUUGACGCUUUCGUCGUUCAUCAGAAGCCUCGACGCCAUUACUUCCCGUACCAUGUUUACGCGCAUAUUCAGUUGAAGGAGUGGGUUCCAGACGGUAUUGUCUACGAUAUUGGUGUAUUCAACGACUCAGGUACUCGGCUAUGCACCUUUCAAGGUCUUAAAGUCGCCAAGCAUCGUAUUCAGCCUAUCGCCGAACCUUCCGUCGCAUUCGAGAUUGCUGCUCAGCUGGUUUGCGACCGUCAAGGGGCACCCAUAACCUCUGGACCGGGCUUCCUCCUACCAUCCCCGCCGUCUAAUGUGCCGAAUGGUUACCCACAGCCGAAUGGUAUAGAGAAACCGCACGAGGCAUCAACCCCACCGUUAUCGACUCAGAAGCCGUGUGAGGCCCUGUACAAGCCUGAGUCCUCGUUCACUUUCAGUUAUCGCUAUGGGGAAGAAGCCGACCUUCAAUGGGAGCUGAGCGGGCUGAACAUCUUCCAGACCCUCGACGUCUGGAUAAUAACGAAGGAGGGUCGUGACGGAGGGGCAGCGAGGGGGUUAGUGGGUGCUUUGAGGAAGGAAUGUUCGUCGUGGACGAUCAGGCUGGUUCAAUACCCGGAAAAUUUCGACGAAGAAGCGAGGCUCAAGGCACUUUCAACCAUUCCCAUCUGGAUGCAAGACGAGACCGACUUUUGGAUCUCGGAGAAUGGUGAUAUCUCCGUCCCUCGAAUCACGCCUAUCAGCUUCAAACCCAAUGGGAAAGGUCCAGACCGGGGGAUAAGGAAGGAAGAUAAGGAUUUACUGCCCUUGGACCACAUCGGCGUACGACUCGAGGCGUCGUCGAAGCAAGGACAGGUCGUAGGUUUUGUUGGGCAGGUCACAGACGCCAACUGGACAACGUUCAAUGUCGGAUCUUUCGUCGUCGGAAUACUCAACGAGAAGCCCAAGGAGAACAUUGUAAUCGAUGUCGACGAUGUCCACCAUCUACCUGAAUGCCUGCAUUCCUCGAUUCAAAUCGUCCCCCACCUUGUUCCCGGGUUUAUCUCUGCCCUCUUGGCGCCUGGGAUCAGCGCGUUCUGCCGCGGGAACCGCCUGGUUCGCCAACGGAUUCUUUUGACCCACAGUGGCUCUCUGGCAAGCCACGCCAUUAUUGAGGUGUAUCGACAGUUGCACCUUGCAGUUUCAACCGUCCCUAACGAUGCCAGUCUCCUCGAACUCGCGAAUAUCAAGGGUGCCCCUUUCGACCUCAUCAUCACCGAGUACGAAGACAAACCGCACCAGCAAGUUCUUCGUUCCCUGCUGCAGAAAAAUGGCCGGCUGUACAACUGGACUCAAGAGUUGCAAGAUACCCUCACGAAAGAUCCCUCACUCAUCAAUGACGCUCUCCAGCAUGUCUUUAGUCUGAUGGAAGAUCGCAUUGGCGACAUCGACCUCCCCCACGGCCUCCUGGACCACACGAUAUCUCCAGUUCAUCAUUCCAUACCCGCCAGUGACGAGUUAGUUCGGGAACAGCCUCGAUCAGCCAAGUUUGACUCCAUGAAGAGCUACAUUCUCCUUGGAGGUGUAGGAACCCUUGGUGCACAUCUGGCCUUGUUCAUGUAUCAGCGAGGUGCCCGUAAUAUCGUUCUUACUUCUCGUUCUGGGGAAGCGGGUCUGGAGAAAAACGAAAACUUAGUUGUCCGGCGGAUGUUCGAGUACUUGAAGGGACGCGAAGAUCUCCAUAUCCGCUUGGUCGCUGUCGAUGCGACGGAUCCGGGCGCAAUGGCCGAGUUCAUGCUGGACGUCAGUCCUGCUGUGGGUGGGUGCGUUGUGUUGUCGGGGGUCUUGAGGGAUCGACACUUCCAGAACCUCACCGAAGAAGACUUUUCCAUCGUUUAUCGGUCCAAGCUGGGAGUAUUGGAGGCCAUGAAUCGUUAUCUCGAUGUCGAGGCUUUGGAUUUCGUCGUCGCCUUCUCUUCUGUCACUGGCCUUAUAGGCAUCCCAGGCCAGACCAACUACAAUGCGGCGAACGCUGCAUUGGAAGAAGAGGUCGCCAAGUUCCGUAACGGCUUUGCAUUCGUAUGCCCUGGAAUCCUGGAUUCGACGAUGAUGUUGGCUGGUGCAGACGAAAGGAAGGCCGUCAAACUUCGUCGUCUCACGGAGUGGUCGAUCAGCGCGGAAGAUAUGAUCCCAUGGUUCGAAGAUGCCAUCUGCAAAUUCCAAAGCGGCCACAGAUUCUCUCGGUACAUCCCAACCCUGGAUUGGAAAGUAAUCGAGAAGGCUGUAGGAAUGCCUCGCAUAGGCAAACAUCUCGUCCCACCUGAUGAAGUAGUCGCUGUUACGGAGGGACCUGCAACUGACGCGAUUGCGGACAUCAUCUGCUCGGUAUUGGGGGUAGCGAAAUCCGACUUCUCAGCCGCUACUCCCCUCACGGCAUAUGGUAUCGACUCUCUAUCAGCGUCCAAGAUCUCGUUCCGCCUACGCCCAAUCCUUGAGGUCUCACAAAUCCAGCUUCUCGCCAGCACCUGCUUGAAUGAUCUGCAUAGGAUGAAGCAGCAGGCGGCACGAGGGCGGCAGGCUCAAUUGUUGCCCGUAGACCAGACGAAGAAAGGGCUGUCCAAACCCGAAACGAUGCAGGGGUACGUGGAGCGAUAUCUUCCCCAGAUCACACACGAAGUGCACCCCCUCGAAAAUAAUCGCCCUUCGAGCACGCUCCGCACCGUCAUAGUGACUGGGACGACAGGCUCCUUAGGGAGUCACCUACUUCAACGUUUGGUGCAAGACGAUACUGUGGAACGUAUAUUUGCUCUCAAUCGACCUGGUUCUUCAUCGUUGCUCGAACGCCAGCAACGGGGUUUCGAUCGUCUAAGAUUACCCAGCCACCUUCUCUCGUCACGCAAACUGAUGCUCCUGGAAGUUGACUUUCUGAAAAACGACUAUGGUUUGGACAAUACCACGCUGUCUCUGAUGGAAUCAUCGGUUACGGAUAUCGUACAUAACGAUCGCCCGCGUCAUACGCCGCUGCUCUCCGAACAACAUCUGUGCGAUCCCCAUCCCGCUGUUGGCGCGGGAUACCUGGAAUCUAAAUGGAUUGCUGAGAGGAUCGUUCAACUCACUGGGAAACGAUGCGGUCUGAAGACGAGGGUGGUGCGAGCGGGAGUGCUAAGCGGGAGUGAUCAUCAUGGGGCUUGGGAUCCUUCCCACUGGGUACCUGCUUUGGUUCAGUCUGGAGUCUAUUUGGGCUGCCUUCCUGAAGCCGAGAGUUCGAUAUCGUGGAUCCCUGUCGAUCAUGCAGCCAGUGCGAUCGUGGAAACUCUCGUCACCAGCGCAGAUUACAUUCACAUCGUCCAUCCUCGACCUGUCCCUUGGAAUGACAUCAUAAGGCCAGUCUCUAAAGCGCUGAAUCUUUCGUUGGUGCCGUAUCAGGAAUGGCUCUCAAGACUCGAAAGCUCCAUCUCUUUCCAGCGGGUCGAGAAUGAGGACGAGAAAAGCAAAACGAGUCCUCAGUCUGCUUUGCGAUUGUUACAUUUCUUCCGGUUGGGGCUUGAGGAGGGUAGGAAGUCCGCCGUUGUGGGGCAUGAAACAGAGAGUCUAGGGAUGCUUCCGAAAGUCACUUUCGAAAAGGGAAUGGCUUCUUGUAGGACGCUGCAACGGAUUUGGGACUCGGGCUCUCAACUCAGCUCGAAGGAUGCACGGAAGUGGAUACAGUACUGGCGGAAUGUUGGCGUCAUAUAG